GCGGCGGCGAUUGGCCGGCCGCGGCGCCUGCUCCCAGAAUGCAGCGCAUGGCGCGUCAUUGAAGAGAGACCAUGAUGGCGGCGGCGCUGGGGCCCCCAGAAGUGAUCGCUCAGCUGGAGAACGCGGCCAAAGUUCUGAUGGCACCACCUUCCAUGGUCAGUAACGAGCAGCGCCAGCACGCAGAGCACAUAUUCCUAUCAUUUAGGAAGUCCAAAUCACCAUUUGCAGUUUGCAGGCAUAUUUUGGUUCUUCAUGCUUUGGAAGUAACAGUUGAAGAGAGGUGAGGAAAGUUUGUGAAAAUUGUGAUCGGUGAUUAGCUGCCACCUGCCUGAGGUGUCUUCUGAGAGGAACUAACCUCUUUGUGGUGCUAGAGCAAGGUCACUGGAUUAAAACCAGAUCAGAAACCAGUAAAGUGGACUAUGUCCUUUUUCAAGCUGCCACAGCCAUAAUGGAAGCAGUUGUCCGAGAGUGGGUUCUCUUGGAAAAAGGCAGCAUCGAGUCACUGAGAACAUUCCUCCUCACCUAUGUCUUGCAAAGGCCUAACCUCCAAAAGUAUGUUCGGGAGCAGAUUCUAUUAGCAGUAGCAGUAAUUGUAAAAAGAGGAUCAUUAGAUAAGUCAAUUGACUGCAAAAGCAUAUUUCAUGAAGUCAGCCAGUUGAUAAGUAGUGGCAAUCCCACUGUGCAAACUCUGGCCUGUUCUAUUUUAACUGCUCUAUUGAGUGAAUUUUCAAGUUCAAGUAAAACUAGCAACAUUGGGCUGAGUAUGGAAUUCCAUGGUAACUGCAAACGAGUCUUUCAGGAAGAAGACCUUCGGCAGAUCUUCAUGUUAACAGUUGGAGUUCUGCAGGAGUUCAGCAGACGGGAGAACCUCAGUGCUCAGAUGUCCUCAGUGUUUCAGCGGUACCUCGCCCUCGCCAACCAAGUCCUGAGCUGGAAUUUUCUCCCUCCAAAUUUGGGCAGACAUUAUAUAGCUAUGUUUGAAUCUUCACAAAAUGUGCUGUUGAAGCCAACAGAGUCCUGGCGGGAGGCUCUUCUGGACAGCAGAGUUAUGGAGCUCUUCUUCACUGUACAUCGAAAAAUCAGAGAAGAUUCAGAUAUGGCACAGGAUUCCCUGCAGUGCCUUGCCCAGUUAGCGUCUCUCCAUGGACCCAUCUUCCCCGAUGAAGGAUCCCAGGUUGAUUAUCUAGCACACUUCAUUGAGGGUUUGCUCAACACUAUUAAUGGAAUUGAAAUAGAAGAUUCUGAAGCCGUAGGGAUCUCCAGCAUUAUCAGCAAUCUGAUAACUGUGUUCCCUCGGAAUGUUUUAACUGCCAUCCCCAGUGAGCUCUUCUCCUCCUUUGUGAACUGCCUCACACACCUCACUUGUUCUUUUGGGCGAAGUGCUGCAUUGGAAGAAGUGCUUGAUAAGGAUGACAUGGUAUACAUGGAAGCAUAUGAUAAAUUGCUGGAGUCCUGGCUAACUUUGGUCCGAGAUGACAAGCAUUUCCAUAAAGGCUUUUUCACGCAGCAUGCAGUUCAGGUGUUCAAUUCCUAUAUUCAGUGUCACCUUGCUGCUCCAGAUGGCACAAGAAAUUUGACUGCCAAUGGUGUGGCCUCUCGUGAGGAAGAAGAAAUAAGUGAACUCCAAGAAGAUGAUCGUGAUCAGUUUUCCGAUCAACUAGCCAGUGUAGGAAUGCUAGGACGAAUUGCUGCCGAACACUGCAUGCCUCUUCUGACAAGUUUAUUAGAAGAAAGGGUAACAAGACUCCAUGGCCAGUUACAACGGCAUCAGCAACAAUUCCUUGCUUCACCUGGAUCAAGCACCAUUGACAACAAAAUGCUUGACGAUCUUUAUGAAGAUAUUCACUGGCUUAUUCUAGUUACAGGCUACCUCUUAGCUGAUGAUACUCAGGGAGAGACUCCGCUAAUACCUCCAGAAAUAAUGGAAUAUUCCAUUAAGCAUUCAUCUGAAGUUGACAUUAAUACAACACUUCAAAUUUUGGGAUCUCCAGGAGAAAAGGCUUCUUCCAUCCCAGGGUACAGCAGAACAGAUUCUGUGAUUAGGCUGUUGUCUGCUGUGCUAAGAGUCUCAGAAGUUGAAUCUCGAGCAAUAAGAGCAGAUCUCACUCAUCUACUAAGCCCUCAGAUGGGCAAAGAUAUUGUUUGGUUUCUAAAACGCUGGGCCAAGACUUACCUCCUGGUAGAUGAAAAACUAUAUGAUCAGAUAAGUUUGCCAUUGAGCACAGCAUUUGGAGCAGAUACAGAGGGUUCCCAGUGGAUUAUUGGCUACCUCUUACAAAAGGUCAUCAGCAAUCUGUCAGUGUGGAGCAGUGAACAGGACCUGGCAAAUGACACAGUUCAGCUCCUUGUCACUUUGGUAGAAAGAAGAGAAAGGGCAAACUUAGUAAUUCAGUGUGAAAACUGGUGGAACCUAGCAAAGCAGUUUGCAAGCCGAAGCCCACCUCUUAACUUCCUGUCCAGCCCAGUGCAGAGGACACUGAUGAAGGCUCUGGUCUUAGGAGGUUUUGCACAUAUGGACACAGAAACCAAGCAGCAGUAUUGGACUGAGGUUCUUCAGCCUCUUCAGCAGAGAUUCCUGAGAGUGAUAAACCAAGAGAACUUUCAGCAGAUGUGUCAGCAGGAGGAAGUCAAGCAGGAGAUCACUGCCACAUUGGAGGCCCUGUGUGGCAUUGCUGAGGCCACCCAGAUCGACAAUGUAGCCAUCCUUUUUAAUUUUUUAAUGGACUUCCUUAACAAUUGCAUUGGUUUAAUGGAAGUUUACAAAAAUACUCCAGAAACUGUCAAUCUCAUUAUAGAAGUUUUUGUUGAAGUUGCACAUAAACAAAUAUGCUAUCUUGGCGAGUCCAAAGCUAUGCAUUUAUAUGAAGCCUGCCUUACUUUGUUACAAGUGUAUUCUAAGAAUAAUUUAGGGCGGCAAAGGAUAGACGUCACGGCGGAGGAAGAGCAAUACCAGGACCUGCUUCUCAUUAUGGAGCUUCUCACUAACCUUCUCUCAAAGGAGUUCAUAGACUUUAGUGACACAGAUGAAGUGUUUAGAGGACAUGAGCCAGGACAAGCAGCAGGCAGAUCUGUAUCGGCAGCUGAUGUCGUUUUAUAUGGAGUAAACCUAAUUCUGCCCUUAAUGUCACAAGAUCUUUUGAAGUUUCCAACCCUUUGUAAUCAAUAUUACAAACUGAUCACAUUUAUUUGUGAGAUUUUUCCUGAAAAGAUACCCCAGCUUCCUGAGGAUCUGUUUAAGAGUCUGAUGUAUUCCCUAGAACUAGGAAUGACAUCAAUGAGUUCAGAAGUAUGCCAGCUUUGUCUCGAGGCCUUGACACCAUUAGCUGAACAAUGUGCUAAAGCACAAGAAACGGAUUCACCACUUUUUCUAGCAACACGACACUUCCUUAAGCUGGUUUUUGAUAUGCUGGUCCUGCAAAAGCACAGCACGGAGAUGACUACUGCAGCAGGCGAAGCAUUCUACACAUUGGUGUGUUUGCACCAGGCUGAAUAUUCUGAACUGGUUGAGACAUUACUGUCAAGUCAACAAGACCCAGUCAUUUACCAGAGAUUAGCAGAUGCCUUCAACAAGCUCACGGCGAGCAGCACUCCUCCUGCCCUGGACCGGAAGCAGAAGAUGGCCUUCCUAAAGAGUUUAGAAGAAUUUAUGGCAAAUGUUGGUGGUCUCCUUUGUGUAAAAUAAACAAACAGAGCUAUGAGCUUAACUUAGAUCCUUUCUGCAAAGUGCACUGAAUUGCUGAAAGUUGACUUGAGUCUUGUCCUGUUCCUCAGUUCGUUUGACCAUUUUGGAUUUUGGAAAGCCUGAGACUUUGAUGUGGAGUUCGGUGAAACAGGAGAAGGUCAACUUGAACUUGGCUUCGUCAUUAGGUGUUAGCCAUCAUCUGCCGUAUUCUUGUUUCUAGAUUCUGAAUGGUGAUUGAUAUUUUUCAAAUGCAAUUCCAUAUAUGUGUAAACAGAUAUGGGGCACCAUGAAAUUCAUAUUCAGUGCCUUUUCCCCUUUUGUCAAAGCUUAGGUGGCUUGCCAAAGUUGGUAUGUUCUCGGCAUUAGUUUUCAAAAUGUCCAUAGAUCCCUCAUCACCCGAGGAGCUGAUGGUAGGAGGGGAUUUUUGGGCCCUACUGUGCAUCAUUAGAAUAUUUGGUUGUUGAACUCUAGAAUAACCAUUUUAAUAAGCUCCUCCCUUUCGUUACCCUAAAAGUUUUAAUACAAGAGAUGCUGAAACCAUGUAACAGGUUUUGUGUUUUCCAACAUUUCCCCCCUUCGGUGAUUAUAAUUAUGCAGGAAGAAGACCCUUGCAAGUAUUUGUUGGUUUCAUAGUCCAUCCUCUCCCCAGUUCCUCCCUUUCAGCCUCACUGUUGCAGGUUUUGUGUAAUUAUUUCAGGUUUCUAAUCAGACUGUGAUGCCUGAACUUGAGGAAAAUACGUGUAUAUUUUUGUUCCGUAAAGAUGACUUUAGGAACUGUAGCCAUUUCAUUGCCUUAAUUUUAAGAGGAGAAGACAAACCAGAUUUGUUUUAGAGAGAAAUUAAGUCUUGACACUUAAGAGUUGGCUUUGGGUAUUAGCUGCUAUGAACCUCUUGCCCCUUUGAUUAUGUAUUUAUGUUUAUCAGUGAGUGGAAGAGCAUCCAGGUGUGGUUGCCUUUCUUGGUGUGUUUCUGUCCAGCCACACAGCCUGUAUCUACUCUGAAUGGCUUGCUUAAGCAAUAACUUUUUAAUGGGUGUGAAUGACUAAUUCACACAGACUAUUGCACAUUGGGGCAUUAGGGGCAAUAAUUAUGCUGAAGUGGGUGUUAUCCUCGUGUCACAGGAGCCGCACUAACUCAAUCUCAAAGACUUAAACAUUUAACUUUAGCUAGGCACGGUGGUGCAUGCCUGUAUUCCUGGCAUUCAGGAAGCUGAGUUCACGUGAAGACCAGGCUAGUCUGGGUUACAAUGUAUGAUCUAUCUUUAAAAAAGGAAAAAGAAAAAUUCUCUUUAGAUCCUCUGGCUUUUCUAAUCAGGAUUUUUAUACUGCUCCCGUGCUCCUCUUAAUUUUUGUGUCAGCUUUAAUUAUGAAAAUGAAAGCUCAUUUAUAAACAGCAGGCCUCUGACACUGCCCACUGCAGGACCAGUCACACAGCACAGUGGCAGCUAGAGGCCUCUGACCUAGGUGCAUCUGAGACUGCCAUGCAAGGGCAGGCUCCUCUGCUGUUCUUGAUGCCUCCCUGCUAAACCAUCUGUCAGGUACUGUCCUCCUACCUGAACUGCACAGUCCGUGCUUCUUAAUAGCUGAUGCUCUGGAAAUUUUGUGUAACUGUAUACACAGAGCAUCAAAAUUACAUCCUGUACCUGUGAUGGUAGGUGUGUGAGGAUGCAAAGCUUAGGGCCAUAACUUUUUGAGAAUCCUUUCUUCUAAGUUGAUCAUCAUUUAGUAACAGUAAGUAUGAAAAAAAAAUCUCUACUGCAAAGAAGAAAUAUAAUUCUACAUGCUUUGUAUUUUAAAUACUUAGAAAGGUUGUUUUUAGAUUUUUUUUUUUCUCUUUAAUUGAUCUGCAGCAGCAAUCACUCUAUUUUGUAUUGUUCUUGAUGUCUGUUUCCUCAGCAGGUGUGGUUUCUGUGUACCUGUGUGUGUGAAGGGUGUGGGCCUUUUGACAGAAGGCCUUGAGAUCCAACUGAAUAGAUAGGUCACUGUCCAGGACAAAGCAGAGAUGUGUAGGAAAGGAUGCUUUGGUAAGUAGCAAGGCAUCUAUCUGUUUAUAAUAACUUGUAUUCAGAUGGAACUAUAUUUAUUAAAUUUGAUGAGAUCCUAGGAUGAUAUGCUCCAAUUCUGUUACACCCCUUUUGAUUGAAGGAAGAUUUAUUUUAGAUGGGACCAAAUGAUGCUUAAAUGAUCACCAGAAUGUUGAUUAGUAGCAAGAUGAGGGAAAGACCCCACUGUUUUUAGAUAAUGAGAAUGCCACUAAUUGUCCCACUCAGAUCUUUCAGGGCAUUUGUGUGUUUGCUCGCUUUACUGAGUGUUAAGUUUGGUCUUUGGCCCAGUUUUGUUUUUUGCUUUGUUUCCUAGUGCUCCUUGGACUUCUGAACUGUAUUAAUAUCCCACUUCUUUUUUCUUGAUGCUCUUGCCCCAGUGGGUAUUGAGGCCACUGACUUCAUUCUCAUGAACUAGUUUUUCCAAUUCAAACUGACUGUUAAGUUACUGUUCCCUUUUUUAAAUACACAUUAAAGGGACACUGUCGAGUAUUUGAUUUUUCCGGUUUUUUAUUCAUACAGUACCUGUUAGCCUUUAUUUUUCCACACUUUUGUUCACUUUGUCUCAUUUUAUGAUCCUUGAUCAGUUGUUUCCCAGGGCACAAUCACUAAUCUACACAGUCACGUGGAGGUUGUCUAUUAACACUGGUGCUAAUGUAGCAGCUCCUGCAAUUGCUCCUUUAGGUCUCUGGAAAGGGUAAUUUGACAAUGUCCUUGUGUUGAGUUGAUGGCUCUUUGGAUAUUUGACAGUGUCCUUUUCAAACAUAAUAGUUGACUCUGAUUCUGGUGGAAGACUGCGUUAUGUCAACAUGACUGUAUUGCUUUUGUUGGAUAGAAAUGACAUUUUGUAAUUCUUUCCCUAAAUUUAACUUAAAAUUUUCAAAUUUAUUGUAUGAAAAAUAUCUAAUGAUAAUCAUUUUAGUCUGUUCAGAUGAGAGGGUGCUACUCUUUGUCACAAUUUCACUUAAAAACAGAUCUAUAAUUUUCCCCAUUCAACACUCUUUUAGAAGUCAGGUCUGUACACUCAGCGGCCCCUUAUUUCUGUUAAUACUUGUAUGGGUCCCUCAAAUACUGAAGGAAAGCCAGCUCUUGGCUUUGAUCAUUUCAGCUUGGAGCUUCCUAGGGGAUAGGUAGUGUUGAUUGAACCCUGAAAAUAUUUUUCUUUGUUAUAUUCUUACAUAUAUUUUGUUUGCCAUCUCUGUUGUCAGAGGUGAUUGUCAUUGGCCCUUCUUAUCUCUGUCUUGCAAGUAAUUAUCAAAUAUUGUUUUCUGAGUAAAACAUUUAGCAUUUCAAGUCUGAAGGAACUGCAGUAUUGUACAGAGGGACUCUUUCUUUCUCAGAAAGAGUAAGUAACUCAUUCCGACAUGAGGGAGGUUUGGUUGGUUUUCGUGACAGGGUUUCUCUGUGUAACCCUGGCUGUCCUAGAACUCAUUCUAUUGAUCAGA